CGUGACAACACCUAACAAUUAGAUUUAUGAAUUAAAAGUUUUCUGACACUUUAUCAGCGUCACUGAAAAUGGCUUUAAAUUUGAUCAAACAGAUCACAGUGCUCGGACAACGUCCACUUAUAAGGAAGAUUAUAUCGGCCAAAUUUUACACCGGAAGUUUGUACGAACCGGAUUAUUUAGAGAUAGGAAAGUCGAAAGUUCCGCUUCUACCUACGAUAAAUAUUCAAAUUAAAGGUUAUGAUUAUAGUGUGCUUGAAAGUUAUCAAACUUUCAUGCAUAAGUUGGCAGAAACUAUGCAGAUCGAUGUAGACAACAGUUGGCCGUUACCACAUCAAGAAUUCAAGAUUCAGAAAUAUAAAACUGGAACAACAGCAGUUGUGUCUGAGUAUAAUCUUAAAAUAUAUGAAAGGCAUAUGCAACUGUCAGAUAUGUCCUCUAUGAAAUGUUCGAUAUUAAUCAGAGCUUUGGAAGCAGCAUUACCACAGGGUGUCACUCUAAAUAUAGACGUUUAUGAUCCUGCGAUAGAAAUGAAGCGAUAUGUACCAGACAAAGAAUUGUUGGACUUAAAGUCUUCAUUGAAUGAGUUCAAAAAAAGUUAAUAAUUUAAAUGUACAUUACUCCAAUUAAUAUAGAAUCUAAGUACAAAAUGUUUCGUAUGUAUAUAUUAAUGUAGAUAUUUUUCUAUAAGCAAAUUUUUAUAAUACUGAAAACUUAAACAAUAAUCAUAAGAUUAGUCA